AUGGAAGCAAAGAAAGCUAGAUUAAACCCCUGGGUGCUUUUGCAAUGUAGCUGCUGCCCACAGCUGUGUGGGGUUUUCCUAACAUUUACUGUAGGAUGCGAAGCAGAACGUAGUAAGGUGGAAACCAAUGGAAAUUCUGUCUGUAAGAUAAACACACCAAUUUUCCAUCAUUGUUCUCCCCCCAUUUUUUUAUUUUUUAUUUUUUUCAAGAGAGGGAAAAGUAAACACCUCAAAUUGGAUGUUCAAAGAGGCGGUUUCAGCCAGAAGCUGGGGCAAAGGACUCAGCUUAGUGGGGUGCUGUGA